CGAAGUAUCGAUAUAAUAUCUUUCUAGAAUUGUUCGGGCUUCUUCAGUCUUUUCCGUUGUGACGCUCACACAUCGAAAUGGGUAAGCCUCGCGGUCUUCGAACUGCUCGCAAGCACGUGAAUCAUAGACGCGACCAAAGAUGGUGCGACAAAGACUACAAAAAAGCCCAUCUUGGAACCAGAUGGAAGGCUAAUCCCUUCGGAGGUGCAUCUCACGCAAAGGGAAUUGUUCUCGAGAAAGUUGGCGUUGAAGCCAAGCAACCUAACUCCGCUAUCCGUAAGUGCGUGAGAGUACAGCUGAUUAAAAACGGAAAGAAGAUCACGGCGUUCGUACCUCGGGACGGUUGUCUCAACAAUAUCGAGGAGAACGACGAAGUCUUGGUGGCAGGUUUCGGUAGGAAAGGUCACGCCGUAGGAGAUAUUCCUGGAGUACGAUUUAAGGUCGUGAAGGUCGCUAACGUCUCCUUGUUGGCCCUCUACAAGGAGAAGAAGGAGCGUCCACGUUCGUAAAUCAAUCUUACGAAAGUGUAUUUUUAUUUGCUAUAAUAAAUCCACAAAAAGAUUAA